AUCCCCAGCUGCUCUGCCUACCUGGUUUCGUCCGGCGGCUCCAACCGCCGCCGGAUGGUGGAGCUCGGCCACUCCGCCGCGCCCAUCAAGGAGUGGAGCGGCGAGCAGCUGACCGAGCUGCUGGGCUCGGACUCGGCAGUGGCUGCCUCGGUGGAGCAGCUGGUCGGUAUGGUGCUGGUCAGCCGCCGCUUCGCCUCGGAGCGCCAGUGGAACAUGGACCGCGUGGCCGCCAACGCCUUCGCCAGCGCGCGCCUGCGCCGCCGCGGCCGCUUGCUCUCGCAGUCAAGCAACACGUUCGCGGUGGAGGUCAUCAUCGCUCAGAUCGUAGAGAUGCCCUCGCCGCCGCCUUCGCCGCUGCCGCCCUCGCCCACGCCGCCCUCGCCUCCCAGCCCGCCGCUCAACCCGGGUCAGUUUGCGCCGCCGCCGUCGCCGCCCGCCAUGCCCCUGCCGCCCAGCCCGCCACCGCCGCCGCCGGUUUACCCGCCGCCACGCCCGUCGCCGCCGCCGCCAGUGAACCUGGACGUGAUCGGCGCCAAGCUCGGCGCAAACGUGUCUCAGAUCUACGACCCUCCCUCGCCGCCGCUGUCGCCGCCGCCCUCGCCGCGGCCGCCCAGUCCGCCGCCGCCCAGCCCCGUGCCGCCCAGCCCCGCGCCCUCACCGCCGCCUGUGUGCGAGCGUGAAGGCUACGUCUACUUCCCCAACGCAGCCUACGACUGCGCGGCCGCGAGUUCGUCGUGCCUGGUCCUUGAGAGCUGGGGCGAUUCACCGGGUGACGCCGAGUACAACUGCAACUACGGUCCUGAGGAUGAUCACUACACGCCUGCCGACUGCGGUGCCUUCGACUCGAACGGCAACGUGCUGUCGCACCCCAGCGGCGGCCGCUACGCAGCCGACCCCACGACGGUUCAGGGCCUGUCUGGUGACUGCCCCGGUACCUGGGUAAAGGAGGAGUACCGCUACGUGCCGCCGCCCCCGCCCUCGCCACCUGUGCCGCCUUCGCCCGCCCCACCCUCGCCGAGCCCCAGCCCGAGCCCCAGCCCCAGCCCGAGCACUCCCGUGGCUCCUUCGCCGCCUGCGCCCGUGCCCGCCUACAGCCCCACGCCCGUGCCCGCCUACAGCCCCACGCCGUCGCCCUCGGCCUCACCCAGCCCCAGCCCAAGCCACCCCGUGUCACCGUCGCCCCCGGCUCCGGUCCCCACCUACUCGCCCUCCCCCUCGCCGUCAGGCUCGCCCUCGCCCUCACCUUCGACCCCGGUGGCUCCCUCUCCGCCCGCGCCUGUGCCAACCUACAGCCCCUCGCCUAGCCCAAGCCACCCUGUGUCGCCUUCACCCCCGGCUCCGGUUCCCACCUAUUCCCCAUCGCCUUCCCAUUCGCCUUCCCCUUCCCCCACCUACUCCCCGUCGCCCGUGCCGGCUUACAGCCCCUCGCCAGCGCCCACCUACUCGCCAUCACCGUCGCCUGUCUACCCGCUGUCCCCAACUCCCUCGCCUGUGGCCUCACCCUCGCCCUCUCCCAUGGCGUCGCCGUCGCCGAGCCCUGUGGCUUCGCCUACCCCCUCACCCUCGCCGACAACCUCGCCCUCGCCGGAGCCCUCUCCCAUGCCCAGCCCCGAGCCUUCACCGAGCCCAUCUCCCGGUUCCUCCCCCCGCCCGGAGUCCUCUCCGUCUCCCAGCCCGGAGCCCUCUCCGUCUCCCAGCUCGGAGCCCUCUCCGUCUCCCAGCCCGGAGCCCUCUCCAUCUCCCAGCUCGGAGGCCUCUCCGUCUCCCAGCCCGGAGCCCUCUCCCUCGCCUGGGGCUUCUCCCUCGCCUUCUCCCACCCCCGAGCCCUCUCCGUCCCCCAGCCCCGAGCCGUCGCCGAGCCCAGCUCCCGUCCCCUCGCCCAGCCCGGAGGCUUCGCCUUCUCCCAGCCCCUCGCCUUCUCCCUCGCCUGCUGUGGGUGAGACGGUAACGACUACGCUGCGGCUGGUUGGUGCGGACUACGGCAUUGUGAGCGGCUCUGAGGAUUCUAUGAUCGCUUUCGAGUCCGCGGCCUGCAUUUCCCUAACGAGCACCACCGCCACUUCCAGCUGCUCGCUGGUGUCCGCGACCAGCGGCUCCAUCAUCGCCACCUUCGACCUCGUCAGCAACGUUGGCGUCACCGCAGCCCAGCUGACCAGUGAGAUCGACAGCAAGGCCGCAAGCAACACGCUGUGGACGCCGGACUUCACGACGGAGUACAGUGUGACCUCAACCGAGGUGCUGCCCAACCCCAGCCCUGCGCCGGUGCCCACACCCUCGCCGAGUGCCUCACCGUCACCAAGCCUGAGCCCUGCGCCGAGCCCCAGCCCCAGCCCCAGCCCCUCACCGAGCAACGAGACCUCACCUUCUCCCAGCCCAAGCCCAAGCCUGAGCCCGAGCCCCAGCCCAAGCCCAAGCCCAAGCCCAAGCCCAAGCCCAAGCCCAAGCCCAAGCCCGAGCCCAAGCCCAAGCCCGGUCCCGGUUGUGCCGGUGUCGUCCCCGCCGCCGAGCCCUGCGCCACGCCUGCCCAGCCCGCCGCCGCCUGCGCCCGGCGCCAAGACCAUCUUUGGCCAGGCCUAUGACGGCUACCUGUCGGGCUGCACCGUUUUCCUGGACAUCUCGAGCGACGGCCUGUUCGGCGCCGACGAGCCCAGCGGCCGCACCACCUACGACCGCAGCGCCGCGUCCUCCGGCUGGACCUUCUCCGUGAACGCCUCGCUCACGCCCCUGCUCGCGCGGCGGCAAAUCCGCCUGCUCCCCGCCGACGUCGCCGAGCUCGCCAACGGCAACCGCACCUCCGACGGCAAGGGCUGCCACGACGUCGCGACGCUCACCAAGCUCGCGGUGCCGCUCGCGGCCCCUGGGUCUUGCAGCACGCCCGUGAUCACGCCGCUGUCGUCGGUGCUCAGCGAGAUGGACCUGCUCACCACCGGCCAGUUCACGGUGGCGGCGCUGCGCCAGCGGCUGGUCGGCGCGCUGGGCCUGAACCGCACCACCACGCCCACGCUGUGCGAGUACGACGCCACCAGUGACGCGCUGGUGGACCUGCAGUCGCCCGGCGGCCGCCUGUAUGCGCAGGAGCAGGCGAUGAUGGCGUCCGUCACCACGCUGUGCUCCUACGUGACGCCGGCGCUCAAGGACCUGCCGACCUGCGCCCGCCUCAUGGUGCAGCAGGUGGCGGCGCGCGUGCUGGCCGGCACCUCGGCACGACGCCGCGUGCAGGCGGCCCGCGCCGGCCGCACGCUGCUGCAGGGCAACUCGGGCAACACGCCCGCCGCCAACAACAGCGCCAGCAACAGCAACAGCAACAGCAACAGCAAUUCCACGCUGCAGCUGGCCGACCCGCUGGGAGGCCUGCUGAACCUGCAGGACCCCGCCACGCUGGCAGCGCUGCUGACCGGCGUGGCGGCACAGGCCGACAAGCUGCCGGCCGGCAGCUACAACCCCGCCGCGCUCAACGACACCGCGCGCAUCAACGCCACCGUCAACUCGGUCAGCCAAAUGCUGGCGAUCGGCGCCAACGCCACCAGCCUGCAGACGCUGCUGUCCAGCAGCCUGGUCGCUCAGGACUACCUUGCGGCGCAGAUCGCCUCCCUGGCAGCCGCCAACUCCUCGGCCGCCGCCGCCGCGCUCAACUCGUUCGCCAACUCCACCUCCUCUGCCGCGCUGUCACAGCAGGUGGCCACCACGCCCGUGCCCGGUGACUACAGGCCCUUCAACAACACCAACCAGAGCGGCGGCGACAACGCCCCGCCGCCGCCGCCGUCCGACAGUGGCGGCGGCGACGACAACAACAACCUGGCCAUCGGCCUGGGCGUGGGUCUGGGCGUGGGCCUGGGCCUGCUUGCUAUCGGUGGCGUGGGUGCUGGCGUGUACUACAAGAAGAAGAAGGCGGACAGCCGCCGUGACGCGUACAACGUUAGCGGCGCGGCGGAGGGUGCGGACCCGGAGCAUCGUGGCGGCGUGGCACCCGUGCAUGACGUACGGCCGCAGUCACCGCCGCCGCCGGCAGGCUUGGUCACGGCGCAGUUGGCGCCGCCGGGCGCCGCCGGCGGGCCGCAGCUGACCGGCACGGCGGUGUAAGCGCGCGAGAACAAUUUGCAUUCCUGCAUUGCUGCUUCGCUGCUUGCGGAUGCUAAAAAAGCGUGUGAUCCUGUGUUGUGCUGCGUCUUGUGUUGUGUUGUGUACCGUACACGGUGUGUCGUGCUUCCUGUGGUGGAGUGUGCGCGUAGCCCAAUCAUGACAGGGCGCACGCGGUGUGACAGUUGACAAUGACGGUGUGGGGUGGUGGCAUGCAUACAUGGGCGUGUGUGUGGUUGUGUGGAUAUGACAGAGGCAGGCAUGGGGACACGGCAGAGCUUGACUGGAUGGUUUCGCUCACAUCUGCAUUGCUAAACCUAAUGCAGAGGCUCCGCGUAGUGCCUAGCCGGAGGCGGCAUGCGCAGCCUUGCGGCUUGUGCGCGAGCACGUCUAUGAAGCGUGCGAUCAGGUUGUCUGCGGACGUAGUAGUACGCGCAUGUGUGCGCUAACGCACCUGGCUGCCUGGUGCAGUGAGGCGGCCGAAAACUGGGCCACGAGUAGUAUGAAGGGCCUGCGAUAGGCCUGACUGGUCCCUACACUAGGGCCUGAUUGAGCAGGAUGAUUCGUGACAAUCGUGCGACACAAUUGUGCAGGGAUUCAAACACGUCUCAUACGGUAUGCACACGCGAACAUGCCCUUACUUGCUUAGGCGACUGAUGAAUGGAUUCCGCCACGCAUGUCACAAAUACGUUGCAUUGAAAGCAUUGAAGGUUUAACAUGUUAAGAUUACGAGAGAGCAGGAUGCAGGUUGAAGGACAGGGCACUACUUGUGGGGGAUAGGGCUACACCUAGUUGUGGCAUUCCGUGGUGGUGCGGUCGCAGUUAAGCUGUUGCGUGUUGUCUGUGCUUGCACGCGUGGUUGCGUCUCAGCCGUACCUUGGAGUGGUAUGCAGUCUCAACGUGCGGACAUUGUAUGUGUGAACCCUUCCUUGAGGGCAGGUUACUUCUAUCCGUUAUCCAUUCUCUUCCUUUCUUUAUACCCCUUAGUGACACGAAUGUGGCCUUACUUGGCCAUUGCUUAGCUCUGAGGCCUAUACAUUGCAUUCUUUGAUCGAUGCUGAUUGGCGGCAGGUCUCAGUCGGCCGGAGCGAAAGCGUGUGUGUGUGUGUGUGUGUGUGUGUGUGUGUGUGUGUGUGUGCCUUCCGCAAGGUUAUCUGUGCUGCAGAUUGUCUACCGUGUAAUAAC